CACUGAUAUAAAAGGCUCGAUUCCUCCCACCGAAUUUGAUUCCUCUACUCUCACAAUCAUCACAAUCAUCACAAACACUCUCGAAGACCACCAGUGUCAAGAUCAUUUCUUCAUACUCAACACUCUUCUUCGGAAUCCAUUACUCUCCAUCAACAUCAUCAACCCGCUUAUCUUAUCUGACUAAGCCCCAUCUAAAAGAAAGGGUCCUCGAGUCUGAUUCACAGCCCUGCCUCUAGGUACGUACGCGCUCACGUCGCUGGUUGAAGCACAAGGCACCCACCUCAGCCUACCUUUUACCCCGCCACAGUGAUUGGUUUGUUGGUCGGCUGGUUUAGUACCUAGCCUCCGCUACCUACUUGCCUAGGUACCUAGCUGACUCCUCCAACUUCCAUCAUCACCCAAAAACAAUCACGAAUCCUCUCUUCACUUUCUCUCUGCAACCGGCAAAUCUCUUACUCACAUCACCAGUCACUCUAGCACGAACCACAAACAUACCCAAUAUGUCCGAAUCUACUUCUACACAGAAGGUCUGGCUGGCCUCCAAUGACAGCGCCACCAUCGAAGUCGACCGCGUUGUUGCCGAACGAUCCAUGUUGAUCAAGAACAUGUUGGAAGACAUCGGUGAUGAGGGCAUCAAUGCUGAAAACCCUAUUCCUAUCCCCAACGUGAACGAGGCCGUUCUUCGCAAGGUGAUUGAGUGGUGCGACCACCACCGCAACGACCCCCUCCAGGCACAGGAUGAUGAUUCCGACGCUCGCAAGAAGACCACCGAUAUCGAAGAGUGGGACCAAAAGUUCAUGCAGGUCGAUCAGGAGAUGCUGUUCGAAAUCAUCCUCGUACGUCCACCCAUUCCUAUUCAUCAUAUCAUUGGAAAACUAACACUUCACGACAGGCAUCCAACUACCUCGACAUUAAGCCUCUUCUUGAUGUCGGCUGCAAGACUGUUGCGAACAUGAUCAAGGGCAAGUCUCCCGAAGAGAUCCGCAAGACUUUCAACAUUACGAACGACUUCACUCCCGAGGAGGAGGAGCAGAUCCGCCGUGAGAAUGAGUGGGCUGAGGAUCGUUAAGCUCCCGUUUGUGUAUGAUUAGGGAUAGAGGUUGCGGGGAGGUACAAGUCGGACUGUGGCAUGGAUCGAUCCUUGGGUCAUGGGUCGCAGGAAACUUUCCUGUCGAGCCUUCUCAAUCCAGGAUCAUAUGAAUCUUGAUGAGUCACAGGGGUCGCAUUUGGCGUUAAAGUUUGGUUUUCCGGGUUGCUUGGGCCAGUGUUUUGGCACGCUAGGAGCACAAAUAGGAUUGCUUAUGGUAACAUGAUAUUGUCCAAGGCAGGCUCUCUACGGGAUGUAGCUCGUCUGGCAGUAUUUGAACACGGGCUUCAAAUCGUACCCUUGGACGCACCGGUAGAAAGUCAUUUCGACUUAGUUUAGGACUUCAAUUCAUGAUUGCCAUUAAAUCUGGGGUUAUCAAGACGUUCAGUUACGCAGUGGUCAGUUCGAGGUCUGUGAUGAAUUCGUUGGCGAAAGUGAGGUUUGGGGCGUGAUUCGUUCAUUUGACUACUUGAAGGCUUGCAUAACAGCAUACAGUCUGCUGGUAAUAAAGACGGCACACAAGAGCAAACAUUUGCGUUGUCGUCGUUCACAGGCGAGGUAGACUGCAUCCAUGUAGUUCAGGCCCGUUUUCUUUUUUGGGGCAUCAAAGUCUUUGCAUUCCUUUUUCCCUAUGACCGUCCGUGACAUGCAGUAACCGCAAUAAUCGAUAAACCAGGCAACCGGCCCAUCGCCCCCGUGCGCACGCGCAGUGCAGUGCAGACACGGCCCCGUAGUUCAAUUCACGCCACAACAAUAUCGUUCCUCCCCUUUUCCGUUCACAUCAAUCAUCGUGAUACCAUGCCCAAGAGAGAAAAGUCGGGUGCUGGGCUCGGGGGCGGGUAACAGUUGAGGACCAUCGGUUUAGAUACCGAUGCGGGUCUUGCGCCAAUGCCUUCGCUUAGCGUUGUAGCUGUUCAGGAAUGUUAGCCAAGGGUUACUCUGCUCGCGGGCGAACUGGUAGAGUCGUGAAAUCGUCGUCUCGAAGGGGGACUCAAACGCACCGGAUGGUGUUACCAGUUCGGAG